AAUUUUCAAUCUUUUAUGCUUUCAACAUAAGUAUUUAACUCUUUUGCUCAAAGACAAAGCAAUGGAAUAAUCAAAUUAUUGGCUUAUGGUGUCUUCUUUGGUGGAGCUUAUGGAUGUGCUUGGCAUUAAUGGAGAGGUGCUCAACAGAAAUAACUCUACGAAAAGGUUGAAAAUGAAAUCACUGAAUGGAAACCCAUAACCAUAAAUGGAUUAAAUGCCAAUAGAUACCCUUGGGCUCGCAAUAUCAAGGAUUGGGAAUACAAAUUAGUCAAAUUGUACGGAUAUUUCAGAGAUGAAAGAUUUUUUGUUAGAAGAGAAAGAGAAGGCAGAGAUGGAUUUCUCGUUUUUGCUCCAUUUGUAACAGCAUUACAAUUUAAUGAUACUGAAUAAGAUCCAGAACAAACCACCAAAUCUUAAGUGAUGGUAAAUUUAGGGUGGGUACCAAAGGACAAUAUUAGUGAUAUUCAAAUGGGACAGGAACCCAUUGGCACAACUACAUUUGAAAAUGUCCCUCACAAUGAGGAUGAUGAUUAAUUGACAGGGUUCAAUAGAAAUGUUGCCAAUAUGGAAGAAGAUUACUAAAUGCCAUUUGUUGAAUUCGUUGGUAUGGUCAGAAAGGGAGAAGAGGAAGAUAUUUUAAAGGGACGCAGAAAUUGGCCAAGAGAAGGAGUUUACAAUUACAUCGAUUUAUGGUUCAUGUCCAGAUUAUACAGAUCUUUCAAUUUGACUGAUAGCUCUUCUGGCUAUAUUGAAAGAUUAGUGUAAGAGUAUGAUGAAGAAUCUGCCAACUUAUAUCCCAUCCCAGCCACUAAAGACAACUUCGAUAAGCCAUUACCAACACCUCAAACUCAUUAAGCUUAUUCCUUAUUUUUUGGCUUAUCAUCCAUAAUGUCUAUAGCCCUUUUAGCCAUUAGAAGAUGAUUACCAACAUUAAAAUAUUACCAUAUUCCAAAAUAUAAGCAGU